AUUCAUUGUUAAUGACCGAAAAGCAUCAUACCGAAUUCUGAAAGUACAUCAAAUAGUGUGACUUUUAUAGGCUUUUUUAUACCGUUUUGUAAGUGAAAAUAGAGAAGAAGAAAAAUGGUGGACCCAGAUCGUAAAAUAAAUCGUUUAUCAGAUGAUGAUGCCGCAUUUUUGAGAGAAUGUGAACUAGAAUUCCGGAAUCGAUACACCGUAGAUGAUGAGGAAUUUGCAGAGUUUAUGAAAAAACCAUCGAAACCAUCACCGAUAGUUGAACCGUGGAAACAACGAAAUUAUGGCGAUUCAAGAGGCAAUUGGAAUAAUCGCAACAAUUAUCGUCCAAAUAACAGGAAUAACUAUCAUCGGAAUAAUGAUCAUCAAAGACAGAAUUAUCGGCAACAUUACAGUCGUCCACACGAUAGAAACUAUCGACGUGACGGCGAUAACAGUGGACAUGGGCAUCAUUCGUAUCAUGGGCAUCACAGUCAUCACAGUAAUCAAGGCCAUGGUCAUGGUCAUGGUUCAUCUCAUCCAUACUAAUUUCAACAACGCAAAAAAGCCUGCCAUAUUUGAAAAAGUAUUGUAAAAACAAAAACAACAACAAAGAGGAAACAAAAGAGAAUUUAAUAACAAUUAAAUAAAUUAUUAAUACAAUAAUUAUGUAAAUGAAAUUUCAGUCGAACAAAAAUGUCAUUUGUUGUUCCCAAUUAACAGAAUCAGCUAUUAUCAAUGCAACUUUUUUUUUAAAUAAAAAUGGCCCAACAAUUCUGAAUACGUA